UGUUCUCGAGGAAAUCUGCAAAGAUUUUUAAAUAGUGAUCUUAACAUAGAUAUGAAUCUGAAAUAUUCUUUUGUAAUGGAUUUAGUUAAUGGAAUGUUGUAUUUGCAUAACUCACCUAUUAAAUCGCAUGGAAGAUUACGAUCAGAUAAUUGUCUUUUGAAUUCCAAAUUUAUAAUUAAAAUAACUGAUUUUGGAUUAGAUUCUCUGCAGAAUUUUUUCCACUCAAAUCAAAAGGAAAUGACUAAAUUAUGGCACCCUCCAGAAUUUUUGAGGAAUGUACAUCCAAUCAAUGGAACACAAAUGGGUGACGUUUAUAGCUUUGGAAUUGUAUUACAAGAGAUUAUAUUAAGGACACUACCAUAUAAUAAAAAUUUUGUUGAUUUUAACCUUUCAAAAAUUGACCUGGUUAAUAUGAUAAAAAAUAUUAAGUCCCCAAGAAAGGGUAAACUUUAUCGUCCUCGUAUCCCGCAGGAUAGUUGUUCCAAAGAGAUGAAAGAGAUUAUGGAAAAAUGCUGGGUAGAAGAUCCAAAUUUGAGACCAACGUUUAAAGAGAUAUCUAUUGAAUUUAACAAUCUAUUAAAUUUGGAGAAUAUUAAUGUUAAUUAUGUGAAAAAUAUGGUCGAACGAUUGACAUUAUAUAACAAAAAUCUAGAAAAGGUUAUUAAAGAAAAAACGGAGAAAAUUGUAGGUGAACAAGAGAAGGUGGAAAAUCUUUUGUCCGCUAUGUUACCAAAAGCAAUCAUUGAAUCAUUAAAAAUAGGGCAAUCAUACAUUUGCCAAUCUUAUGAAUCGGUAACCAUAUAUUUCAGCGAAAUUCACAAAUUUUCAGAAAUUUCUUCAAUAAAUUCUCCUGAAUAUAUUGUUAAACUUUUAAACGAUAUAUACUCAUUUUUGGAUGAAAUAUCUUCGCACUUUGACGUAUAUAAAGUUGAAACUAUACGUGAUUCUUAUAUGGUGGCAUCGGGAGUUCCUGUAAAAAAUGGAAAUGAUCAUUCAAAUGAAAUAGCUCUCAUGUCAUUGCAGAUUAUAAAUUCGAUCAAAAAUAAAAAAAUUGAUUAUCUACGAAAUUGUGAUCUACAAUUCAAGAUCGGAAUCCAUUCAGGUCCAUGCGCCGCUGGAGUUAUAGGAACAGCAAUACCUCGUUAUUGUUUAUUUGGUGAUACAAUCAAUAUUGCAUCAAGGAUGGAAUCAUUUGGACUACCAAUGAAAAUUCAAAUUAGCGAAUUUACAAAAUGUUUGCUUGAUACCUAUCAUGGUUAUGAAUAUGAAGAACGUGGAUUUAUAAAUAUCAAGGGAAAAGGGAUGAUUAGAACCUACUGGCUACUCGGGAAAAAAGAUUUAAAACCACUUUGUUAAAUGACUCUAUAAUUAUUAUAUUACCUUAAUGUUUUUAUAUAAAGCCUUAAUUAUAAAACAUAGAUCAUUGUCAU